AUGCCAUCCACCUGCGAACGCUGCGGCGCCUCCUCGCUCCCCCUGCGCAAAAAAUGCCCCACCUGCAAAGGCUCCAAGAAAGUCUACUCGGUCGCCGUGCAGGACGCAUCCCACUCCAGAACAGUCCACGUCGACCCAGGCCAGACGCGCUUCGGCGACAUCCUGCGCCGCUUCGGUACGGCCGUCGGCUGUCAGUAUUUCGAGCUUUAUGAUGAGCAUGAUAAGCGGCUGGAUUUAGAUGCUGUUGUGACUGAGGCCUGGCUUGAGACGCAUAAUGGGUAUUUGCAUGUUCUGUCAAAGGACGAUCAGAUCAAUGCGCGUAUUUCGCCGCUUGCGCGCGAGAUUCGCGAGAGUCGGCCCCUGUAG